AUGUCUUCUUUUGCUGCUGCGCCGUAUCGGCACGUCAUGAUGCCAUUCAGCCCAGCCCAGGAUGCCCAGGCUCACGGCAACUCGGCACUUACUAAGCUGACGGAUGCUAUUCCGGACCUCAAGGUCUACACACGCUCAUCGCCUCACUACGAGUCCCUUCGCGGGGUCUACAAUAAGCUCAUCACGGCUCAACCCCUUGCCAUCUGUCGGCCCACUUCGGUCGCUCAAGUCCAGGCCAUUGUUAAGACUGUCUCGGGGUUGGAUAUCCCACUCGGAGUCCGCGGAGGCGGCCAUGAUGUUUUUGGUCGCGGUUGCAUUGCCGACUCUGUCACCAUCGACAUGAGAGAGCUGGACACCCAGGAGCUCUCCCAAGAUAAGAAGACAGUCAAAGUCGGCGGUGGUAUCACGAGCAAAAACCUCGUUGGCUUCUUGGGGUCGCACAAUCUUUGCACCUCGAAUGGCUUCGCGGGUGAAGCUGGAUGGACGUCGUGGGCGUCGUGGGGAGGGUACGGCCCGCUGGGGGACUAUGUUGGUCUAGGCGUAGAUAACAUUGUUGGGGCCAAGAUCGUCACGGCUAGCGGCGAUGUUGUCGACGCCAAGGGGGACUCUGAGCUGCUGUGGGCGCUACGUGGUGGAGGUGGUAACUUCGGAGUGAUUGCCGAGACUGACGUGCGGGUUUAUCCCAUGUCCACUAUCCAGGCUGGCUUUAUCGUGUACCCUUGGCCAGAAACUGCCGACGUGUUGCUUCGUUUGCAGGCCCUUCUAGACUCUGGGGUCCCCGACAAACUUUGUUUACAGGCAGGGUUUACCAAGGGCGAAUGGGGUCUUGGGAUGGCCAUAACCUACAUCUGGCCUGAAGCCGAGACGAUUGGACCUGAGAGCGAGGAGUGGCUACAGAAGCUGAAAGGUCUCGGCACGUGCAUCGUCGAUACGGUUGGAGAGACGACCUUUGAGGCUUUUCAGGGCAGCAUUUCCAGCGCUAUCAGCAACCCUGUCAACGUGACAUCUCGGCAUAUCAGUAUCUCCAAGUUCACCAACGACACCCUCCAGCAGCUGAUCGGCGCUUGCGAGUCGAUGCCUGCUGAGGCUGAUUGCUCCAUCACAUGCACGAUCCUCCACGGAAAGGCGGCGCAGGCAAAUGCCUUAUCUGCCUUCGGCACCCGACGGCCGCACAUCAUGUUUCAUAUCAACGCCGUCACCGAGGAAGCGGCGCAUGAACAUGUCGCUAUCGCAUGGGCCGACCGCUUGGUUGAUGGUGUGGAAGCGACGGGCGAUAGUAUUGGGUCCACAUAUGUCAGUUUCAUGGAGUCGGACAAGGACCCCAAGGGUUGUUACGGGGAGAAUUGGGAGCGGCUCAAGGCUGUCAAGAAGGAGGUUGACCCAGACGAUGUUUUUAGAUUCGUGCAUGGUCGCAUCCCGGCUGCUUGA